UGUAUGUGUGUGUGUGUGUGUGUUUCCAGCUGAAUCUCUGCAGUGGGCAGGAGCAGGCUGACCGGUGUGUGUGCGUGUGUGUGUGUGUGAGUGUGUGUGUGUCUGGAGGUUUAGCAGUUGGUCAUGGCGCAGUGGACGGACCGAACCUUGCCUGUGUUUUUCUUCACUCUGCUCGGUGUGUUAUUUGUGGCACCGGUUCCGGUUCUGUCGUGUCCGAGCCGCUGUCUGUGUUUCCGCAGCACAGUCAGAUGUAUGCACUUAAACCUGGAAACGGUUCCCAUCGUCUCUCCACAGAGUACAAUCCUAGACCUGAGGUUUAACAAAAUUAAAGACUUGCAGCCGGGCUCUUUCAGACGACUGAGGAACCUCAACACGCUCCUUUUAAACAACAAUCACAUCCGAAGAAUCCCAAAAGGAACUUUUGAGGACUUGGAGAACUUGAAAUAUCUCUAUUUGUACAAGAAUGAAAUCCAGUCGAUAGACCGACAAGCGUUCAAGGGCCUGGUUUCUCUAGAACAACUAUAUCUCCAUUUCAACAACAUUGAAGCGUUAGAACCCGAGUCCUUCAUUCACUUGCCCAAGCUGGAACGACUGUUUUUGCACAACAACAGAAUAACACACCUUGCACUGGGGACUUUCUCCCAUCUACAGUCCAUGAAGAGACUGCGUCUGGACUCAAACACACUGAAUUGUGACUGUGAGCUUCUAUGGCUGGCAGACCUACUGAAGCAGUAUGCAGAGUCUGGCAAUGCCCAGGCUGCGGCCACGUGUGAAUACCCCAGCCGCCUGCAAGGCCGAUCCGUGGCCACCCUAACAGCAGAGGAGCUCAACUGUGAGGUUCCUCGGAUCACAUCAGAGCCACAGGAUGUGGACGUGACCUCAGGGAACACUGUGUACUUCACAUGCAGGGCGGAGGGCAAUCCCAAACCCCAGAUCAUAUGGCUGAGAAACAACAACGCCCUUAACAUGCAAGAUGACUCGCGCAUGAAUCUUCUGGAAGAUGGCACCCUGAUGAUUCAGGACACAAGGGAAACUGACCAGGGCAUAUACCAAUGCAUGGCCAAAAAUGUCGCUGGCGAGGUCAAAACAGGAGAGGUCACCUUACGCUACUUUGGCACACCAUCUCGGCCUAGUUUCGUGAUCCAGCCUCAGAACACAGAGGUGCUGGUGGGAGAGAGCGUGACUCUGGAGUGUAGUGCCACAGGGCAACCUCAACCCCGGGUGACAUGGACAAGAGGGGACCGCAGCGCUCUACCCAGCAGUCCUCGCAUCAGCAUCACACCCUCAGGAGGGCUUUACAUCCAGAACGUCAACCAGGCAGAUGGAGGCCAGUACACCUGCUACGCCAGCAAUAACAUAGACACCAUCGACGCCACUGCCUACAUCAUAGUGCAGGCUGUUCCUCAGUUCACAGUGACACCACAGGACCAGACGGUGUUAGAAGGUCAUACAGUUGAUUUCCUCUGUGAAGCUACCGGCAGUCCUGAGCCUUUCAUAACCUGGACACGCAGCGGCAGUCCUCUCCAGGUUGAUGGACGCCAUGUGAUCCUGUCCACUGGCACGCUGCGUAUCUCUCGAGUGGCCCCUCAUGACCAGGGCCAGUAUGAGUGCCAGGCUGUCAACCCUGUUGGCUCUGUUAGGGCAGCUGUGCAACUUAACAUCCAACAAAGAGUAACGCCUGUUUUCACAAAUACUCCAAGGGACAUGACUGUGGAGUCUGGUAAUGAUGUCCAGAUUCCAUGCAGCGCUCAUGGAGAGCCCACGCCUGUCAUCACCUGGAACAAGGACGGUGUUCAGGUGACAGAGAGUGGGAAGUUUCACAUCAACCCCGAUGGUUAUCUGGAGGUAAAAGAUGUGGGUCUUGCCGAUGGGGGACGUUACGAGUGCGUGGCUCGUAACUCCAUUGGACAGUCUUUUGCUAGAAUGGUGCUAACUGUACAAGUACCACAGGUCAGCAGAGAGGGGGACCCGUUUGUCUCGACGUCUUUAGAGGAGGCCAUCCGCAGCGUAGACAGUGCCAUUGACUCCACCAGGAGGCAGCUCUUUGAUGGCUCCCCUCGCACUCCAGGUGAGCUGCUGGCAUUGUUCCGCUAUCCCCGUGACCCUUACACAGUGGAACAGGCCAGAGCCGGAGAGAUCUUUGAGCAGACACUAUUCCUCAUUCAGCGCCAUGUCAAUGAGGGCCUGAUGGUGGACACCAAUGGGACAGCUUUCCGUUACAAUGACUUGGUGUCACCACACUUCUUGGACAUGAUCGCGAACCUGUCUGGCUGUACAGCUCACCGCCGCAUCAACAACUGCUCUGAAAUCUGCUUUCAUCAGAAGUACCGCAGCCAUGAUGGCACAUGCAAUAACCUGCAGCACCCCAUGUGGGGCGCCUCGCUCACGGCCUUCGAGCGCCUUUUAAAGUCUGUCUAUGACAACGGCUUCAACUUACCACGUGGUGCCACAGAAAGACGCCUCAAUGGCUUUGCCUUGCCUCUGCCUCGCCUCAUAUCCACCACCAUGAUAGGCACAGAGACUGUUACUCCUGACGAGCAGUACACACACAUGCUCAUGCAGUGGGGCCAGUUCCUGGAUCAUGACCUAGACUUCACCGUAGCAGCACUCAGUCAGUCACGUUUCUCUGAUGGCCAGCUGUGUUCGUCUGUCUGCACCAAUGACCCACCCUGCUUCCCUGUCAUGUUUCCACCCAAUGACCCACGGCAAAGGAGGAGUGGUGCUCGUUGCAUGUUCUUUGUGCGUUCAAGCCCGGUAUGUGGCAGUGGCAUGACAUCACUUCUCAUGAACUCAGUGUACCCUCGCGAGCAGAUCAACCAACUAACAUCCUACAUUGAUGCUUCCAAUGUGUACGGCAGCUCGGAUCAUGCAGCAGAGAGGAUACGAGACCUGGCCGGGCAUCGGGGCAUGCUGCGGGAGGGCAUUGUACAGCGCACGGGAAAGCCGCUUAUGCCCUUUGCCAGUGGGCCACCCACCGAGUGUAUGCGUGACGAGAACGAGAGCCCCAUUCCUUGUUUCCUGGCUGGGGAUAACCGUGCCAACGAGCAGUUGGCCCUCACAUCCAUGCAUACCGUUUGGUUCCGUGAGCAUAACCGUAUCGCCAGAGAGCUGCUGCACCUCAACCCACAUUGGGAUGGUGACACUAUUUACCACGAGGCACGCAAGAUCAUAGGUGCUCAGAUGCAGCACAUCACCUACAACCACUGGCUGCCAAAAAUACUAGGUGAAGCAGGCAUGAAGUUGAUAGGCAACUACCGUGGCUACGACCCCAACGUCAAUGCAGGAAUCUUUAAUGCUUUUGCCACAGCUGCAUUCCGCUUUGGCCACACUCUCAUCAAUCCCAUUUUAUACAGGCUAGACGAAAACUUCCAGCCCAUCCAACAGGGCCACAUCCCACUUCACAAGGCUUUCUUCUCUCCCUUCCGCAUCGUAAACGAGGGAGGCAUCGACCCCGUGCUGCGUGGACUGUUUGGCGUGGCAGGAAAGAUGCGAGUAACCACACAGCUGCUCAACACAGAGCUGACGGAGCGCCUCUUCUCCAUGGCCCAUGCUGUGGCCUUGGACCUUGCUUCCCUGAACAUCCAAAGAGGACGUGACCAUGGCAUCCCUCCUUAUAAUGACUACAGAGUGUUUUGCAAUCUUACCUCAGCACAGACUUUUGAUGAUCUGAGGAAUGAAAUUCGCAGCCCCACUGUUCGUGAGAAACUUCAGAGGCUCUAUGGCACUCCCCUGAACAUCGAUCUGUUCCCUGCUUUGAUGGCUGAGGAUCUUGUUCCUGGGAGCAGACUGGGGCCGACGCUCAUGUGUCUACUGGCCACACAGUUUAAGCGGGUUAGAGAUGGUGACAGGUUCUGGUAUGAGAACCCUGGCGUGUUUACCCCAGCUCAGUUGACUCAGCUGAAGCAGGCAUCUCUCACCCGUGUGCUGUGUGACAACGGGGACAACAUUACCCGCAUUCAGUCUGACGUAUUCACCGUGGCCGAGUUCCCUCGCGGGUAUGGAAAGUGUGAGGAUGUUCCCAAGAUCGACCUGCGGAUGUGGCAGGACUGCUGUGAAGACUGCCGCACCAAAGGUCAGUUCAACGCCCUGUCCUAUCACUUCAGAGGCCGCAGGUCAGUGGAGCACAGCUACCAAGAGGAGAAUCCUUCAAGAAAGUUACAAGAUGUUAACGGCCUUAUUGAUGACGGAAUCGAUGUAAAUGCAACUCGCUCCUCAAAGUCAAUCACUGAACCACCAGUAAAUGACUUCCAGGAAUUCGUUAUGGACAUGCAGAAAACUAUCACUAGUUUACGGAAGCAGAUAAAAAGACUUGAAGUCCGUCUGAGCAAGACAGACUGUACUGACCAUGAAGGAGGACAGUGGGGAAACAGAGAGGCCUGGAAGAAAGACCCCUGCACCACAUGCGAGUGUAGAGAUGGCCAGGUGACGUGUUUUGUGGAGAAGUGUCCACCGACGUCAUGUCCAAAACCUGAGACACUGAAAGGUGUUUGCUGUCCGGUAUGCCUCUAACAGUCCUCGAGAAAAAGCAGGCCAAAGAUCAUCAUGUAUAACCUCAGGAACACCAAAGCAUUCAAAGAAUAGACUCAACCGAUGCGACCUUCCACAUCUACAUGACUCAGUGUUGUUGUUGUUUUGUUUUUUUCCCAUAUCUUCGGGCAUGGAAUUAGCUGCCAUGUUGUCAUUUUAUCCACUUAUAAAAUAACUGGUGAAUCAAUGGAUAAACAGAAGAAUGCCUAGAGGAUGCUUUCUUCCUCUCUUUCUCCAUCAGGCCUGACCAACAGGACCAGAGGCCUUUAGAGACCACAAGAUGUUUUGGCCUGACCCUUCCUGCCCCAUCGUGUGCACUGAAGAGAAAGGAUUACAUUACAAAUCGAGCUUGAAUGAAUAAGCCACAUAGUCUCUAAAAAGUGUUCUCAGGUUAAAGAUGACAUAUGGUGCUAUUUCCCCAACAUUAGUACAUAUAUAAUGUAUAAAAUCUUCUAGGUAUAUUGGUUUUUACCUUUUUUUUUUUUUAAAGAUUUUACACAGUAUGCAAAUGUUAUGCACACUCAGUAUGUGGUUUCCAAGGGUGUUCCUGGUUUUAUAAUUACCCAAAAGACAUUUUAUAGGAAAAAAAAAAUACUAGAGUUACUCCUGCUUUUACUAAAAUUUUAUGGUGCUUUCUUAUCAUUUAAUGAGUAUAUAACUUUUACACAUGCAUCCACCUUUGUAUCAAACUCUUGUAUAUGAAGAUAAUGUGAAUAUAUUGCAAAAUAUAUUUGUAAUUGAAGAAAGUCUACUGAUCACCACAUGUUUACUUCCAGUAGCGACUGGUUUAACAUCUGGUGCUUUUCAUAUUUGCUUGUUUUCCCCUGACACUAAACAUUUCAACGGGGCAAAAGUGUAGCUGAGGUAAACAGGAGUUUGUGCUCGGUAGAGUUACAUCAGGAUCGUAAAAAAAUGUUAGUAUCAGUUAAAUGCAUCUGUCUACAGACAAUUUGUUCACCAGUGCAGUAUUUCCAGUCUGUUUCAGAAAGGUAGUUUACCAUCAGCGUGUCCCUGCUCUGUUUGAACAGGUUCACGACAGUGUUGAAGAAGGACAUUGUAGCACAGAUUUCCUGCUCAUGUCAGCAUCAUUUCCUCUACGUCUUGCAUCGCUCUGUAUGGUGACAGAAAGGUCUACUCUGUUUCGCCGUUGUUCUUCUUGUGCUUUUAAGCCCCUCUUUUGUUUGUUUUAUUUAUAGAUGUAGUGGGUUAUGUUAGAGUAUGUUUGCUCCCCCCACCCCCCACUCACCCAACUCAAAAGCAAGCGUAUAUGAGGUAACCCGUGAUUUAAAGGGGUCCUUGCUGAUUUCCCUCUCUCUAUGGCUUGCCUGUGGACAGUCUACAAAUUUGGCUGAAUGUUUGUCUCUGGGGUUAGUAGAAGGCAUGUGAACAGCGAUGAUGUCAUGCUUGAGAAUGUGACAUCUUCUGACCUUAGUUUUGCUUUAAUUAAAGCCAUACGGAAUAGCUGAGCAAUGUUUUUAUGUGAAACAGAAGAAUAAUACUGUGGAAGCCAUAAGAAAUAGCCGACAAUCCCAAACGUAGUAACAGGCACAUUAACAAUUUACAAUCACAGGGUAUGUCUUGGUCUCUGGUUGACCAGCAAGUGGUAUAUUUUGCAGGUUAUAAGACUUGGAAUGUAGUGUUGGGAAAUCUUGUUUUUUAGUGAAAAGCCAAACCUUUAGUAUUAUUUUUGUUUAUUAUUGUGUAUCUGCUUGCUUUCUUUAUGUUGCCUCCCUGCAACUGGGAGAAAAUGGCUUUCUGUUCAUCUGUGCUCUCUGUUCCAGAUUAAUGUCAGUGCUCAUUCCACACUUUUACCCCUGACUCUGACCUCUGCCCCAAUCUGCCCAUUUGCAAUGCAAUGCACUGUCCUGCACGACUGAACAAACUGAACCCAGGGGUCAGAAUGAUUUCCUGUUUCCAAAUAUUUUGUAUCAUAUUUCUGCCAAAGAUCAUUUGCACUGUAUUGUAUGCCUCUCAACAAUAAUAAAAUGAACACAUUUGACAUAAAAA